AGAGAAAAUGAGAUGGACACUCUGUUGGGUGUCGGAAGAGUUGGUGCCAUCGUGGAGAAGCAUAAUCAGAUCCAAUGGCGGUAUCGUCGAAACCAUCGUCUAAACCUUCAUCUUCAUCUUCAUCCUCAUCCUCAUCCAAGCGAGGAUGGACCAAAAACAUUUCCUCAAUUGCAGCCCGCAUCUACUUACUCCUCAUCAUCUUUCAGAUCCCUCUUUUCAGGGUGACUUGUAGAUCUGGUGUGUGUACGACACCUUUACAUGUCACAUCAUCACAGUUAGUUGCAAGUGAGAUCUUUCCUGUUCCCAUUGUUAAGGGUCUUCUUUAUCCAGGGGCUGCUUUGAAUGGCCUCAUCCACAACAUGACUGUUCCAAGUUGGGAUAGUUUGUUGGACUUGUAUAAUCUUACCACUGUUAAAGAAGCUUCUGCAGUAACUGAUCUCCAACGCUUGGAGGUCCUUGCGGGAAGCUACUUCUCAGUUGCAGGGGCACUUGUUGGUAUUCUGAAACCUGGGAGAAUGAGCAUGUUUGGAUCACUUCUUGUGAUAUGGGGACUGGUCAAAGAAGGGAUUUUAGGAAAGCCAGUAAAUACUGAUCCUUCAAAAGCCGUUUACGUCUACCCAACAAUGGUACUUGCCAUGAUAUGUGCCUUCUCGUCUGUAAAAUAUGAUAUGAAGAAGGUUGCCGCUAGGUCAGCCCCUUUCGUGUCUAUUGCUAAACCUCUUAAGGGCUCAUCGAAGUCUAAGCUGAAAUAAGUUAUUCUCAUGUUAAAUUUGUACACGUUUCUCCCAAAUUCAUUUUGGAACAUAUAGACUUAGUUCAGUUUUUCCCAGAAUUUUUAAAUUUUGUUGAUCUUUAAAAGGUAAAAAUAGUCUGCUUAGCAAUUUUUAUAAACAGGUUUCAAGUAACUGAUAAAAAUAGUUAUUGAAUUCAUUUUUGUUA